AUGGGUUAAAACAACUCGCUACUUCACAAGAUUGUCAGCAGGCUGGCACGUUUGUGAAACAGGUGAAAGGAGCGUAUUGUGCCAUUUUUUCGUGUCCUCGUGGAUUUCUUUCAAGAUGCCAAGAGGAGGAGGUGCUUCAGGUGGCCGAGGAGGGAAAAAGAAUCACAAAGGUCAACGCAGACAUUUCACAGAUGAAGAUGAAUUAAAACAACAGGCCCAGAAGAAUGAAAGAGAAAAAGAAUGGAGGAGACAACGUGGUAUUGAGAGUGAAGAAGAAGAGGAGGAAAAAGAUGGGGAGAAAGCAGCAGCUGGUGCCAAGAACAGGGAUAUGCCACCCUCUGACUCAAGCUCAGAGAGCUCAAGUGAAAGUGAAGAUGAAAAGCCAAAGGGUGUCCAGCACCUCAUAAACAUCGAAAACCCAAACAGAAUGGGUGGGAAGAGUACGAAAAAGGUGACAGAAAUGGGGGAAUCUGGCGGCAGCAACUUGUCAAGACGAGAAAGAGAAGAGCUAGAGAAACAAGAAGCUCGACGACGUUACCAGGUACUUCAUGCAGCGGGUAAAACAGAAGAGGCUCAGGCAGAUCUUGCCAGACUGGCCAUCAUUCGCAAACAGCGGGAAGAAGCAGCUAAGAAAAAAGAGGAGGAGAGAAAAGCAAAGGAAGCCGCAAAGGACGCAGCUUCAAAGUCGAAAGGAAAGUCUUGACGAUGAUGCCCCAGGUUUUAAUGUCCUCCUAUUUAACUCUGUGCAUUUCUGUCUUGUGAGCCAGCCAGAACCUCUUGUGUGGAGACCUCUGCGCAUGCAUGAAGUGUUUUCAAUUCUCUCUAUCUCUAAUGUUUUGUUUGUGGUCAUCCUGUACGGUACUCCUGUAAACAGGAUCCAUUUGUUCUCCCUUUACUUGUUACUUUGAUUGGGAUUUGCACACUGUUAAUAUGAUGCGUUGUGUUUGGGAGAUGGAAAUCAGUGAGGUGCAGAAACAAUGGCCUUCUUGGUAUCUGUAGCUGACUCGGAAACUGUCAGAAUGUUCACUGACGCGUCUGACAGAUAUAUGAUUUAAUUUACUUUACCUCUCUAGCUUGUAUGUUGUUCUGGCUGCGUAGUUGUUAAUAUUAUGUAUAUUGCCGCAUUAUAAUACUUGCUCUGUUGCCAUGGGUAAUAGUGGAAAAAAAAUGUUCCCCCUCUUCGCACUUUGUUUUAAUAUUUUUGAAAAGGUAGUCUUUACUCUUUGGUAGUAUCUUAAAUCAUGUUUUUUUUUCUUCUCUUCUUUUUAUUAAGGAUGGGCAGUUAGGGUGUUGGUGCUGGUUUUAUAUCGAGCUUAAAGCAAUGUUGCUUUAUUCACCCUUAUUUUUUUUUUCUCUCCUUUUCCGGGGUCAUGGAGGCGUGUCGCGCUUCGUUAAAAUUUGAGGACUUAUUUGUCUUCCCAGCUAUGUUUCACAGUGCCCGUUACCAUACUGGCUUUAUGAAAGUGUGAGGUGCGUUUGCAAAUAAAAGCGUGCUUUAUUUUGGAAAGCUCUGAGAAACCGAAAGUGAGUUCUGUAGGUCGGCUGAGUGGCAAAAGUUUUACUGCAGCCUUUGUAAACUGAAAUAUAAUGGGAGUCAUCAAAGAUUAAUCAUGGUGACACUGAAUUUGUACUCUGAACAGUUUUUGAAAUAUUUUUUUUGUAUCCCCAAAUUUGUACUGUUGCUUCAUGUAGUAUAUAUGCAUGCGAAAAAAAAUAGAUUGGAAGAUAAGUGUUUCUUACUUCUUCAGGGUAGGCUACUUGCGCAAAACAGAUUUACUUUUAAAGAUCAGUUGAAUAAAAGCUUUUAUAAAACUUUGUUCGGAUGUUCAUAAUUAUGUGAUUGAGAUAGAAUGCUUUUGAACAAACCACUACGAAAAGAGUUUGAAAUUAUUUUUUUUUUGGUUCAAGUAAACCUGAGUUAAUCUUUUACAAUUACUACUAAAGAAGCUUUGCUUGUUGAGCCUUAUUAAUUAAAUUCCUUGUAAUUGUGCAUAUUGGAUACAUUUUCUCGUGGAAGGUACAAUAAAUGUUUUUCAAUCAUGAA